AUGCGCUUCUCUACCAUUUUCCUCGCGGCUCUGCCAUUGGUGGCUGCCUCCCCGGUCGCCAAGCGCGCUCCCCUGCACAUCCGUGACGAUGAGAACGCCAUCCCCGGAAAGUACAUUGUCAAGAUGAAGAGCGGUGCUCGCAUCGCCAGCGCCGGUGGCAUGGAGGCCGCUAUUGACGGCAUCGCUGCCGAUCCCGACCAGCUUUUCGAGAAGUUCGGUGGCUUUGCCGCUUCGAUCACCGACGAUGAGAUCGAGUCUCUGCGCGACAACCCCGACGUCGAGUACAUCGAACAGGACAGCAUUGCCCGCAUCUACGCUACCCAGACCGGCGCCCCCUGGGGUCUUGCCCGCCUGUCCAGCAAGUCGACCGGCAGCACGACUUACACAUACGACGACGCCGCUGGAGAGGGCACCUGCGUCUACAUUGUCGACACUGGCAUCGACACCACCCACGCUGAAUUUCAAGGCCGCGCCACUUUUGUCGCCACCUACGUCGACGGAAUUACGAUUGACGACCAUGGUCACGGUACCCACUGCGCUGGUACCGUCGGUUCCAAGACCUACGGUGUCUCCAAGAAGGCGUCGCUGUACGGCAUCAAGAUCUUUGACAAGGGCGGUUACGGGACCAAGUCUCUGAUGAUCACGGGUAUGGAACGUGUCAUACAGGAUGCUCCCAGCCGCAGCUGCCCCAACGGUGUCGCCGUCAGCAUGUCUUUCGGCGAUACCUUCUCGCAGGCUGUCAAUGAUGCUGCCGCUGCCCUCAACGAUGCUGGAUACUUCGCCGUCGUCGCCGCCGGUAACGGAGACUAUUUUGGUAACCCCGAGGAUGCUUCUGGCUCUUCCCCUGCCUCUGAGCCAUCCAUCUGCACUGUCGGCGCUACCGACAAGAACGACCGCACCGCCUCUUUCAGCAACUACGGCAAGCUCGUCGACAUUUACGCUGCCGGUGUCGACGUCAAGUCCACCUGGCCCGGCGGCAGGACCAACACCCUCUCCGGAACCUCCAUGGCCACUCCCCACAUUGCCGGUCUUGGUGCAUACUUCAUGUCCCUCGGCCGCCCUGCGUCUGGCAUGUGCGACUACCUCAAGUCUAUUGCUCUCAAGGGUGUCAUCAGCGGUGUUCCCUCCGGCACGGCUAAUGUCCUUGCCCAGAACGGCAAGGCCUAG